AUGAGUAAAAAUAAGGUAUCCGAACGCCAGGAGAGAGCAAAAACGCCGAAAAUUUGCCAAAAAAAGCUUAAUCUGAUUCUCUUUCUUCCAUUUCUUUCUUUCUUUCUUUCUUUCUUUCUUUCUUUUUUUCGCUUCCGUUUCUUUCUUUCUUUCUUUCUUUGUUCUUCUCUUGCUUCCGAUUCUUUCUUUCUUUCUUUCUUUCUUUUGUUUCUUUCUUUCUUCUUUUGCUUCCGUUUCUUUUUUUCCGUUUCUUUCUUUCUUUCUUUCUUUCUUUCUUUCUUUUUUUGCUUCCGUUUCUUUUUUUCCGUUUCUUUCUUUCUUUCUUCUCUUGCUUCCUUUUCUUAUUUUUUUUUCUUUCUUUCUUUCUUUGUUUCUUUCUUUUCUUCUUUUUUUUUCGUUUCUUUCUUUCUUUUUUCUUUUUUUCCGUUUGUUUUUGUUUGUUUCUUUCUUUCUUUCUUUCUUCUUUUGCUUCCGUUUCUUUUUUCUUUUCUUUCUUUCUUUCUUUCUUUCUUUCCUUCCUUGUUUCUUUCUUUUUUUUUCUUUCUUUUUCUUCCUUUUUCUUUCUUUCUUUGUUCUUCUUUCUUUCUUUCUUUCUUUCUUUCUUUCUUUUUUUUCUUUCUUCCGUUUCUUUUUUCCGUUUGUUUUUUGUUUGUUUGUUUCUUUCUUUCUUUCUUCUUUUGCUUCCGUUUCUUUUUUCCGUUUCUUUCUUUCUUUCUUCUCUUGCUUCCUUUUCUUAUUUUUUUUUCUUUCUUUCUUUCUUUUUUCUUCUUCUUCUUUUUGUUGCUUUUUUCCGUUUCUUCUUUCUUCUUUCUUUCCUUCCGAUUCUUUCUUUCUUUCUUUCUUUCUUUCUUCUGUUUCUUUCUUUCUUCUUUUUCUUCCGUUUCUUUUUUCCGUUUCUUUCUUCUCUUGCUUCCCUUUCUUAUUUUUUUUUCUUUCUUUCUUUCUUUCUUUGUUCUUCUCUUGCUUCCGAUUCUUGCUUCCGAUUCUUUCUUUCUUUCUUUCUUUCUUUCUUCUGUUUCUUUCUUUCGUUUUUUUCUUCCGUUUCUUUUUUCCGUUUGUUUUUUGUUUGUUUCUUUCUUUCUUUCUUUCUUCUUUUGCUUCCGUUUCUUUUUUUCCGUUUCUUUCUUUCUUUCUUUCUUCUCUUGCUUCCCUUUCUUUCUUAUUUUUCUUUCUUUCUUUCUUUUUUUUUGCUUCCGUUUCUUUUUUCCGUUUCUUUCUUUCUUUCUUCCGUCUCUUUCUUUCUUUCUUUCUUUCUUCUCUUGCUUCCGUUUCUUUCUUUCUUUUUUCUCUCACUGA